AUGCUCUUCGUCCCGCGCCAGGUAGCACUCGCCUCCCUACCCUCCGCCCCCGCCGCUGCCGCCGCCGCCGCCAUGGCCAAGGAGGAGGCCAAGAAGGAGAAGAAGAGCAAGAGCAAGGGGGCCGCCACCAAGGCCUCCCCCGGCCCCGACGCGCGGGUCCUCGCCGCCGUCGCCGCCUUCCUCGAGUCCAGCGGCCUCCCCCGCACGCUCGCCGCCCUCCUGUCCGAGGCCAACCUCGAGGGAGAUGCUUGGAGGUCGUCGCCGGUGAACCUGGAGGACGUGGUCUCCAAGUUGUUGGAAUCAAGCACUUCUGCUCCAGGAGCUGACAUUACCGCGAGCAAUGAGCAAGGUAGCUACAUCUUUGUUUGUUAUUAUGAGUUGUCCUGGUUUGGCGUAGACCCUGUAUUCCCUUUUGAUUGGUGCUCACCUGAAUUUGUUGAUGCAGAGAAAACAGAUGAUGCCGUAGCAGAAGAGAAAGGCGUGGGCAAGAAAAAGAAGAACAAGAAAGGCGGUGCCGAAGCUCACGAGUCCGAGAGUAAGGCAAGUGAGCCCUCUGCCCCUGAAAAGCCCAGCGAGAAGGCGGAUGAUGAGACCAAAGAAAAGAAACGGAAGAAGAAGAAGGAUAGCUCAUCGGUGGGGGAUGAUGGCGAGGCAAAUGCAGUAGUGAAGACUGAUGAUCAGAAGACUGAUGGCAAGAAAAAGAAAAGCAAGAAACAGGAGAAUGAUGAGGAUGUUGAAGCUAGGCUGGAAAAGGUGGAAUUAGCAGUAAAAGCCAAGUUUGAGGCGGCUGGGAAACUCAAGGAUCAUGACAAGAAAUCUGGAGAGGAUGAACCUAAGACUCAGAAUGACGAGGCUAAUGAGAACGGUUUGAGUGAUGGUGCUCCUCUGGAUAAGGGGAAGAAAAAGAAGAAGAGUAAAUCAACUUCAGAGACCUCAGAUAAGAUUGAUGCAGGAACUGCACCUGCCGAGGCAGAGGUGAAAUCUAAUGGUUCCAGUGAAAAUAAUAAUGCUGUGGGAGAAGGGAAAGAUGUCAAUGAGAAGAAAAAUAAAAAGAAGAAAAAGAAGUCAGGUUCUGAAGAAAAUGUUCAGGUAGAAGAUAAACAAGUUGCAGGGAAAGAUUCAGCUCCCAAACCAGAUGAUGAAAACAAGACUGCCAUGGACAUUGAGAACGGACAAGAUGGAAAGGCUUCAGCUGAUGAUGCAGUUGUUAGCAAGAAGAGGAAACUGGAAGAAGUUGAAGGAAGCAAACCCCCUGCCAAAGAAGAUAUCACUGCCACCGAAGAUGAUGUGAAGGAGCCCAGCACUGCAUCGAAAUCAAAUAAACGGCAGAAACUUUCUGAGCCUAAAAUUGCAUUCCAACGGGUAAAGACUGAAGAUAUUAAAUUUGCUGAUGAAAGACUACAAGAUAAUUCAUAUUGGGCCAAGGGUGGCGCCGACUCUGGGUACGGUGCAAAGGCACAGGAAAUUCUUGGACAAGUUAGAGGAAGGGAUUUUAGGCACGAGAAGACCAAGAAGAAGCGCGGAACCUACAAGGGUGGGUUCAUUGAUCUACAAACCCACUCGAUUAAGUUUAACAAUUCAGAUGACGAGUAA